AUGUCCACCACCCUCGCCACAAUCGACGCAAAACUCACCGCCCUCCUCGCCGACUGGUCCCUCUCCACCACCCUCCUCGCCCUCUUCCUCGCCCUUAUCCUCCUCACACCCAUCCUCUUCCCCUCCGAACCGGACACCCACCCCCUCCUCCUGGCCCGGCAAUCCAUCCCCUCGCCCGUCCGCGCCCGCAACGAAAGCGCAAUCUACCGCAGUCCGGAGUCGCCCCACGGCUACCCUCUCCGCUCGGGGUUGAAUGUCAAAGAACCGGGAGCGCCGCGAUGGGCGGGUGGGAAGGAUGGGGACUUGAGGGAUGUGUGGAGGGAGGUUUGUAGAGGUGGAGAGGAGGGAGGAGAGGGGAAGAGUGUGCCAAAGGGAGUGGUGAUGAGUGUGUUUGGCAAGAGCGAGGUUGUGGAACAUGAUUUGGGGGAGAUGAGUGGGGAGAUUGGAGUGCUGGGGAGGAGCUGGAAGGAAGGAGGGUGCGGGAAGGUGGCGGUGUAUUUGCCGAAUAGUGUGGAGUUUUUGGAGGCGGUGUUUGCUUGCACAUUCUACGGUAUCACGCCUGUGCUAUUGCCGUUUAAUAUUCCCCACGAGAAGGUCUACGAGCUGCUCAAGACGACUGGAGCGGAUGGUCUGGUCGCUGCAGCUGGAACACUUCCUCUCGACGCCGUUGCGAAGCAAUGCCCAACCCUCAAGCAGCUCACAUGGGUGGUGGAGAAGACGAGCAAGCACAUGGACUGGUCCGGGACAUCACAAUCUGCAUCCUCCCGUCUGAGCGUCAACGUAUGGCACGACCUCGUGGAAGCGCAGAAGGGCAAACCCUCCUCCCUCCCUGCCAACACACCAGGAGAGACCCCACCCGACCUCAUCGUCGUCUCCCAACCCACCGACAUCUCCCUCCCACCGACAAUCACAACCUUCACACAAUCCAACCUCGUCGCAGCAAUCGCCUCCCUCCUCACCGCCCUCCCCACCCGCCAACGCCUCUCCUCCGCCGAUCUCCUCCUCCCCGCCUCCCCUCUCAACGAAACCUACACCUUCACCCACACCCUCGCAGCACUCUACACACACACCAGCCUCGCUUUAACCUCCGUCGCCGCACCCGGCGUCGAAAUCUCUCUCGCAACCCGAGGAAUCGCCCCAACCGUCAUCAUCGCCUCCCCAGAAACCCUCUCCGCACUACACCUCAAAGAAACAGCAGGCAUCACAUCCAGUCUGCAGAAAUUCGGAAAAUACUCCCAAUCCCAAACCGUAUCCGCGGGCCGCAUGCCGACGGAUAACCUCCUGUUCAGAUUCCUCGCCCCCUCAUCGAGCACCAUCCAACCGGGAAAACUACGCCUCAUCUUCACCGCCACGAGAAUCGGAGCGGGCGAACCCGUUUUAACGUCGAAUAUGCUCUCCGACCUGAGAAUAUUCACGCGCGCGCGGAUCGUGCAUGCUCUCUCUGCACCUUCUGUCGCGGGCGCAAUUUCACAAACGAAUGUCUUCGACUAUCGUGCGGAAGAUGGGACGGGUCAUGGACAUUUCGGCGUGCCGUUGAGUUGUGUUGAGGUGAAAUUGGUGAGUGGGGAUGGGACGGAUGAUGGUGUGGGGAAGGAGGAGCCGAGGGGCAGGAUUGUGGUGCUGGGGAAGAGUGUUGUUGGGGGGAAGGUGGAGGUGAGUGGGGUUGAGGGGGUCUUUCGGAGGGAUGGGACUUUGGCUUUGGUAAUGGCAGGCAAUAGUAAGGACCGCUCGCGAUACAUUCCUCUUUACCACGGCGCCACGAACCCCAUGCAACGGAACUCUUCCAAAAGCGUCAAGUGA